GUCAUCGUUAUGGAAAUGCAAAAAACAAACGGUUAGGAUAAUCAGAACAUCUCCCUCCCUCUCUCUCUCUCUCUCUCUCUCUCUCUCCUUCUCUUCCUCCUCUCCUUCUCUUUCACCCCCCUAAAAAAACAGAGGGCAGGGAGAACUAGGAUUAGGGUUUCGUUCUUCUGAGAAAUGGAGAGCUGGCGAAAGGCCUACGGAGCUCUCAAAGAUUCCACCCAAGUCGGCCUCGCCAAAGUCAAUAGCGAAUUCAAGGAUUUGGAUAUUGCGAUUGUGAAGGCCACGAAUCACUCCGAAUGUCCGCCUAAAGAACGAUACGUGAGAAAGAUAUUUACCUCGACAUCUGUCGUUCGUCCACGUGCUGAUGUAGCUUAUUGCAUACAUGCUCUUUCGAGGAGAUUGUCUAAGACUCGUAAUUGGAUAGUUGCAUUGAAAGUGUUGAUAGUUAUCCACAGGACAUUGAGAGAGGGUGAUCCUACCUUCAGAGAGGAGCUGCUAAACUACUCACAGAGAGGAAAUAUUCUGCAAUUGUCAAAUUUCAAGGAUGACUCAAGUCCUCUCGCUUGGGAUUGCUCUGCAUGGGUUCGCACAUAUGCACUCUUCCUAGAGGAACGGCUCGAGUGUUUCAGGGUUUUAAAGUACGAUAUUGAAGCUGAGCGUUUGCUGAAAACUGCACAUGGGGCACCCAAGGGGCAUUGUAGAACAAGGGAUAUGGGUUCUGCUGAGCUGUUGGAGCAGUUGCCUGCUUUUCAGCAGCUACUAUACCGCCUUAUUGGCUGUCAGCCUGAAGGAGGAGCUUUCUAUAACUAUCUUAUACAGUAUGCAUUAGCCCUGGUAUUGAAAGAGAGCUUUAAAAUCUAUUGUGCCAUCAAUGAUGGCAUCAUCAAUCUCGUGGAUUUGUUCUUUGAUAUGUCAAGAUAUGAUGCCAUCAAAGCCCUUAAUAUCUACAAAAGAGCUGGCCAACAGGCAGAAAGUCUUGCCGAUUUUUACGAGUUCUGCAAAGGCUUGGACCUCGCUAGGAAUUUCCAGUUCCCAACCCUGAGAUUGCCACCUCCUUCAUUUCUUGCAACAAUGGAAGAAUACAUAAAAGAAGCACCUCGGCCAGGUUCUGGUUCAAAUAUGAUGGUGCAGGAGAGUCAAGAGACAAACCAAUUGGCUUGCAAACCCCAAGAAGCUCCCCCUCCCGAACCUGUUGUGGAAGUUGAUCAAACGCUUGCCAUUGUGACAGAAGAACCCCCUCAGCCUGAAGUCGAGGCUGCACCUGAACUGCUGCCAAUCAUAGACAUUGGCGAUCUGUUGGGUCUGAAAGAAACAAAUCCCGAUGUGGCUAGACUCGAGGAAAGCAAUGCAUUGGCUCUAGCCAUAGUUCCAGCAGGGAAUGAUUCAAAGUCCUCAACGAUUGAUGAAUUGAUGGGGAGCGGGACAGGAUGGGAGCUAGCACUUGUCACGACUCCCAGUAGUAAUAGCAGCCACUUGACUGAAAGAGAAUUGGCCGGCGGGUUCAACAUGCUCUUGUUGGACAGCCUGUAUGAGGAUGAGCAAGCGAGGAGGCAAAUGAACGUGGGGUAUGGAGUGUCAGCAAACACCAAUCUGUUUGACUCGAGGGCUUCGUUCGACCCGAGGGACCCAUUCUACAUGUCGAACAGUGUAGCUUCCCCACCCAACAUGCAGAUGGCCAUGAUGGCCCAGCAGCAGCAGCAAUAUUAUCAACAGCACAUGGUGCCAUACCAGCCUCAACCAUACCAACAUCAGCAACAGUACCAAACACAGUAUCAACAACAGUAUCAAACUCAGCAUUAUAGUCCUCAUCCUCAAUCACAGAUGGCCCCCGCCCCCAAUCCAUUUGGAGAUCCGUUUGGCGGCUUUACACAGAUCGGACCGCCGCAAAGCAACCCAAACUUGCUCUAAGCUAAAUUCGUUAAUUGUAUUGUAAUUCUUUGGUUAUUUGAUUUUAUUUUUUUUUUUCCUUUUGUAAAGUUCGAGUCACCUCAUGUAUACUGUUCAUUGAUUGAAAGGCUGUUGUUCCAUGUACUAUUAUUUGUUACCAUUCUUUUAAUGG